GAAUAAGGUACCAGACCACUCUCUGCAUGCCAUACCACGUGUUUAUCAAAUUUAAGCCUUUCUUGUUGAUUGGAAUUUUAUAUUGUGUUGAAUGUAGUGUGGUUUCAAAAAUAGAGAUCCCAGGUCUCCCCGAUGUCUCCACUAAUGUUCCACUUCGUGGCAAAGCCUUUUGCCAAGCACAUUGUACAGUGGCAGAAAAGUCUGACAUCCCCACUGGAAUCCAUGAAUUCCUUAAGCACUGUGGUGUGCAAGUUGCUGACACCAUUAAAUCAGAUACUCAAGAAGGCAGAAGUCGGACACAUUUAGAUGUUGAAGACAGAGAUUCAACCCACGUCGAUGAGAGCGAAGAAGAGCUUGAAUGUUUGACAGACUCUCCAGUUGAAGAUUCAACCAUCCGUAAUGUUGACGCUGUCCUUUCCAGCGUGAAUGCCAGUUUGGAUGGAUCAUCUGUUGUUGAUGCUCAGGGCACUUUGAGUUUCAUAGAAGAGAACUCUCAACAAAUGCCUGCUAUAAUGGCUGGUUGUGAAGAAGAAAACCCGAUGUCAUGCAGAAAGGAUACUGGUGGUAGGAAAUCACUCCAGAAAUGGAGCCGAGGACACUUGUUCAUUGUCUGUGCUGGUGGGCACAUUGAAUACUGGCAAUCCUUGUACAGGUCAGAGUCUCCUUCCCAGGUGUUUUUAAUUCUUCUUGCCUGGUUAGCAAUACACCUGAAGGGUAUAUCGCCAACUGAGUGGGGCAAGUUAUCAUUAGUGUAUGAUAACAUGUGCCAUCUAGACAACAUGAGAGUGGCAAGAAAGCCCCUUCCUCUGCCCUGGCCUUGGUCGCAUAUGUGGAUGCUGCCUAAGAAAUGCAUCGAUCGUUUACACAUUCGCAGUCAUACAGACGAUGGGCGCAAGGCCAAGUACCAUCCGGACAAUCAUCUUGUAACACUCUAACAGACUUUCGUUUGGCUCUCUAGAUAUAAAAAAAAUAGUAUGUGCCAUGCCAAAAUCCCACCACCUUUUUUAUCUGCAUCGCAUGGUAUCGCGUAGAAAUGCAUAUACUAAUCUUUGUCACUUGAGGGGAUAUAACCCCAUUUUGCCUGUGGUGAAAAAUGCUAAAAACCACUUAAUAACCACUUAUAAAUUUGUGUGUUUCUAGCCAUGUGAAAGACCCCCUCAAUGGGAAACAUGUUUUCUCUAAUGUUAUCUGUUCAAAUAAAUAUGGAAGCACCCAGAUCGGAGGCAGUAUUAAUUGUCUUCAGAGCUGAAUUGUAACAAGCUGAAAGUGUGUUUUUUUCUGUUAAUGCCUGAAUGAUAAUUAUAAAUGUUCUUAAAUAGCAUCAUUCGUAGCAGACAGUGAAAAUAUAAGGAGCCUUUGCCCUGUGUUCAUAGUCGAUAAACCUGUGCAUGACAAACAAUAGCUACCAUGUAUUGUUGUUGCACAAGGUAGGUUCCCCUUGUUUUGUCCGAAAGACGCAAUUUACAUGCAAAAUGCACUAUUUGGCAUGAACGGAUAAAAGCCCUUUUAGCUUUUUAUAGUUGAGCCCUGAAGGCGAAAGACACUGUGUUGGUUUUGGAUGCUUCCACAUUUUUAUAAGAACACAUGAAAUCAAAUAAAACAUGCUUCCCAGAGGUGCAACAGUUCAAAAUCUUACCUCACGUUGCUUGCUCGUAAAUGCUGUAAAAUGUUUUGGUCUUCUUUCCCAUAUGACCUUAUGCCAUAUUUCAAUGUGCAAGAUUUGUUUCUGGUUUAUGUUUUGCACGAGUGCACAUCCCAUACAUUCUUUCCCUUGCAUGGCAUUCUUAAUGACCUUUUGUGAUUUCUUUCAUGAUUAUGAAAUUUGACCACAGUUCUCAACUCUAAAUUUUCUCUGCUGUACUUUUUCCUAAUUUCAACGUGGUAAACUUUCAUUGUUUAUUGAAUGUUGAAUGCCGUGGGAUUUGUUUUUCAUGCUUGGUUUUUUUUUGUGCUGAUUUUGUGCACAAGAUAACCAUGAACAUUCUUUUUUUUGGUCAUUUGAUUACGUGAAAAUUAUUGUGGAAUUCCAAUUGUUAUGUACAAUUCAGACUUGUCUGUUGACCUGAUGUGUCAUGGCACAGAUGACCAAGUUAGGAAAUGUCUUACAAUACUUGGUCUAAGUAUUUAAGUCCAAUUCCGCUGUUUGGUUUGUAAAUAUGUAGUUACUAAACGUGUCCUCCUUCGGCAGUGAGAAGUUGUGUAAAGUUUAUGUAUUAGAAACUUGGACCAUCUGUGUUUAAGUGUAUUUUGUCUCUACGUGUUUUUAGUACACUUUAUGUUGUGACUUUAUUUAAUGACGCGAAAUUUCCUAGGUUCAUACAUUUGUGACAUUGCUGCAUUUAAAGAUUAUUUGAAAGAUUUAAUACGGAUUUAAUAUGGAAAAUGGUCUGUUGACAUUUGUUGGGGGUCAAUUCGAAAUGACUAGGGUAAAGGUCCAGCAUUAGAAACCUUAAUUCGUCAACACAAAGGAGUAGUGUGGUAUUAUGUAAAGUUAACUUGAAAGGGGUAAACCUAAAUCAUUCUCUGUCAAUUUUUACAUUGGAAAAAUCAUAAUUCCUUAACAAUACUAUUAGAAACUGGUUGGAAUCUUUCAUAUAAUUAUUUCCCAGAACAUUUCUUUGAUUAAUUUACCUUAGUGACCAAUGUUAAAACAGUGUCUUGUUUGAUUUAUAUUGUGUGAUAUUUAAUCUGUGUCCAAUCAGUGUUUUAUUCUUUCCAUUUUUAAGUUUUGAAUAUGAAGUAACUUCGUGCGUUCCCAAUUUAUCAGUUUCAUUAUUCUUUUAACAUUACCUGACUUACUAUUGAUUUUGAGAUUUUCAGAUUCUAAUGUAUACAGUUAUUAUUUAAAGUGCUGUUUUGCCAUUUCUUAAACUGAAAGCCAAUUCUCACACAACCAACCUAUGUUUGUCAGUGAUUAAGAAUAUUUUUAAUUGUUCAGCAGACCCCUCGAGGCACUCACUUAUGACUUGCGUGUUGCAACUGUUUACAAUGGUUGAGAUAUUUACAGAUUUCAUAAAUGUGCAAAGUAAUUAUGAGUAAUAGAUGUCUGUGCAUUCUUAGCAAUAUUACAUGUUGUAUGUUUAAUAUGAUCGUAGACUAGGAAAAGCUGACCAAUUCAUAGAAUAUAUCCUUACGAUAUAUGGGAAGGGGGACCCCCUGUGUGACUCAAAAGCUACACCCUAUUGUGCUUCUAACCGCCAAAAUCAUACAGGAAUUGCAAAGCUUCCGUCCACAAAAAAAAUACGACAAUAGAGGUGGGGGUUCAUUUUGCCAGGUAUCGUACACAUCAAAUGAUUAAAUGUCUCCAGCAUAGGCCAACUGAGAAUGAUAAUCGUGUCCGGUGAACUGUAGUGGGCACCAACAACAUGGCAACGUGUUUUGAAUGUUUUAUAAACGAUUCAGCCACGUGGGGGAUGCUGUGCUGAUUGAUGCUAAUUAACCACUUAAGGUAACCCGAUUUGGCUGGCGCUAUCGUUUUUGUAGGUUGGUUCACGUUCACAAAUAGAUGUGAAAACACCAGGGAACAAGAUGGGAACAUUUUCAUUGCGUCAGCUUACACUUACAAUUACUCACACAAGGAAUGACUUCAUUUGUUCCCACAGAAUUAACCACUGUGAGAUUUUGUUACCACUGGACUUGUGUCUGACAGUGAAUAAAAACAUCUUUUGCAAA